UCCAUUCUAACGAUCAUUACCACUAAAGAAUGCAAUGGCUGCUAGGCUGAGCUACUCGAACAAGGUGAUGCUAGCUCCCAUGGUGAGGAUAGGCACACUCCCCACACGACUAUUGGCCCUCGAGUACGGAGCAGACAUUGUAUACAGUGAGGAGCUUAUUGACCACAGGAUGGUGCAGUGUCAACGCCUCGUGAAUCCGAUAUUGGACACUGUGGAUUUUGUGUCUCCUGACGGCCGCUGCAUGUUCAGGACAUGUGAGAGAGAAAAGAAACACGUUGUCUUUCAAAUGGGCACUGCCGACUCUGUGAGGGCCGUGGAAACUGCUAAACUGGUUGAGAGGGACGUUGCAGGUAUUGAUGUCAAUAUGGGUUGUCCCAAAGACUUCUCUCUUAAGGGAGGGAUGGGAGCUGCGUUGCUAAGCAACCCGGAGAGAGUGCGUUCCAUCCUCACAUCUCUUGUGUCGGCUGUGUCUCUACCGGUGACAUGCAAGAUACGACUGCUCCCCACCCCCCAGGCCACCUUUGACCUCGUGAAGGUUAUCGAGAGCACUGGAGUAGCAGCUGUUGCAGUCCACGGCCGGUCGAUCAAGGAGCGCUCUACACAGCCGUGUCACUAUGAUGUCAUCAGGGAGAUAGUCAGCAGAGCCUCUAUCCCAGUCAUAGCCAAUGGUGGCUCCAAUGAGAUAACAAGUUACAAGGACGUGGACAAAAUCAAGUCUCUCACUGGCUGUGAAAGUGUCAUGAUAGCCAGGGCAGCGCAGUGGAAUCCAUCAGUAUUCAGACGUGAGGGGGCACUAAAGAUUGAUGAUGUCAUAAAGCGUUACUUGCAGUUAGCAGUUGACACUGGCAAUGGAUGCUCCAACACUAAAUACUGUGUGUGUCAGAUGAUGGCUGAUCGUAUGGAGGGACCUCUUGGGGCACGUCUACACUCAGCCAAGAACAUCAGAGAGAUUUGUGAUUUGUGGGGUAUGACUGGUUACCAUGACGCUGCCGAGGCUCGUAGGAGUGAUGUGAUGGAGGGACUUUCCCUUAGGGAGCAGAAAUCAUUGGGUGUGGCCAGCUUCAGUCCAGGAGGGGCCAAGAGACAGAGGAUGGAUGCCGAGCUAACGGAGGAAGGAGUUAUGGAACUCUGCGUCAAAUAUGAGAGACGUGACUACCCAGCACACACCCCCAAGUCAGAGCUACUAGAGCAUUGCAGUCAACGCCACCUCGACCCUCCCUCCUAUAAUACAGUGGAGCGUUCUCGUGAUAGAUUGUUCAAGUCAGUAUUGACUGUGUGUGGAGACAAGUACUCCUCUAGCUUCUGGUUGAAGAGUAAGAAGUCAUCAGAGCAGGCAGCAGCCAUUGUGGCACUGGCAGUAUUGGGACUAGAUGUACCCACCAAACAGUAGCCAUAGCAAAUAUUGCCUGUUAUGUUUGUACAGCUGUCUUUUUUCAACCACUAUUUAUGUGUCAAUGACAAGAA